CAGAAUAAAUUAUGAUUUGAGCUUUAACAACGUGAACUUGUGAGCUGAUGUUUACUCGGUGUACGGUUAGCCUCUGGCUUUUUUCACAGUUACACAUCAGGUGACUCCUGGGAUAAAAACCGCUAUCUCCUCCGCUGUGUUUACCACUCCGAGGAGUAGUUUAACUGCGUUUGUCUCCGUCUUUCCGACAGCACGUGAAGGCAGCAGCAGGAGCUCAUCUGUUGGACAGGGAAACUAAUCAGGAGCCAAGUAAAGACUUUUCAGUACUGCUAGCUUCCAGGCUAGCCAGCUCCUAAAGUCAGCCGUCCAGACGAAUACAGAAUAUAGAGUUUGUUUAUGAAGUACAGUGUCUCCUCUGUACGACAAACAACGUCCGAGAGAUGUUUUAGAAACACUGUUUUGUUUCGCUUAAAGUAGCAAGGCGGGCAGCCGCUGGGCAGCCGAAGCUUGCGGCUAGCUCAUUAACGUUAGCUGGUGGGAAAGAAGUGCAAGCGGAGGCAAGAAAAUGGAGCUGGACGACGUAGUCCUGUAUCAGGACGACUCGGGCAACUCUGCCAUGAUGUCCGAGCGGGUUUCAGGCUUGGCCAGCUCGAUUUACCGCGAGUUUGAGCGGCUCAUCGAGAAGUACGACGAGGACGUGGUGAAGGAGCUGAUGCCGCUGGUCGUCGCCGUGCUGGAGAACUUGGACUCGGUGUUCGCUGUCAACCAGGAGCACGAAGUGGAGCUGGAGCUGCUGAAGGAGGACAACGAGCAACUCGUCACCCAGUAUGAGCGAGAGAAGGCACUGAGAAAACACGCAGAGGAGAGGUACAUCGCCUUCGAGGACUCCCAGGAGGGCGAGAAGAAAGACCUCCAGUGUCGGCUGGUGAUGCUGGAGUCUCACACACGUCAGCUAGAGCUAAAAACUAAAAACUAUGCAGAUCAGAUCAGCAGAUUCGAGGAGAGAGAAGCAGAGCUCAAAAAGGAGUAUAAUGCUCUUCAUCAGAGACACACUGAGAUGAUCCACAGCUACAUGGAGCACCUAGAGCGGGCCAAACACCAGCAUGCAGCCACACCAGCCGAACCCACGGAUACAAACACAAACACGUCGACCAGAACACGGAAGGAGCGUCCCAUCUCCAUGGGCAUUUUCCAACUUCCUGGGACUGAUGGUAUGACCCCUGACCUUCAGAGGGAACCUGUGGACACCCCGUCUGAACCGUGGAGAUUCAACAACCUCAGCCACCCACGGUCCAACACCAGCCUCAAGGAUGAAUUGGCUGGUGCAAACCGCAGAGGCUCCAACCAGGGAAGUGUUUCCAAAAGUGGAGCUCCAGCCUCCAAAUCCAACACCCCCAUGUCCUCUCAGGGCGGUAGCUCUAAAUCAAACACCCCUACAUCUGCGCACAUGCCGCUAACUCCUCACGAUGGCGCUUCCAGCGGCGUGAGUCCCGUGUCCAGCCUGGGCGACGGCUCUGCCUCUGCUACACCUCUGUCUACUGCCUCAGACGUGGCCAUGGAGUCCGUGGACACUCCCCCCCAGGAGCAGGGAGCCUCGGACGGGCUCGACAAGAACCUGGACUGGAGCAGCGGGAAGCCAGAGAGCAGUAAGAACAUCGCAGCAGUGCAGGAGGGACAGCAGGGUCAGGAGUCUCCUUCAACACCUCGCAAAGGUGAAGACGGAGCAGAUGACCUGGAGAAGUCUGAGGUGCAGGCCAUCAUCGAGUCCACUCCUGAACUGGACAUGGACCUCGACGGCUGCAGAGGAACAAGCACACCGGCUAAAGGCGGCAUAGAGAACCUCGCGUUCGACCGUAACACCGACUCUCUGUUUGAGGAGCUGUCGUCGGCAGGAAAUGACCUCAUAGGAGACGUGGACGAGGGCGCUGACCUGCUGGGUAUGGGUCGGGAAGUCGAGCAUCUUAUCCACGAGAACACCCAGCUGCUGGAGACCAAAAAUGCUUUGAAUGUGGUGAAGAACGACCUGAUAGCUCGUGUGGAUGAGCUGUCCUGUGAGAAGGAGGUUCUGCGAGGAGAGCUGGACGCUGUCACUCAGGCCAAGACCAAACUGGAGGAGAAGAACAAGGAAUUAGAGGAAGAACUCAAGAAGAUCCGAGCAGAGCUGGACGAUGCCAAACAGAAAGUCAAGAAUGAAAAUGAGGAUGAUGUUCCUACAGCGCAGAGGAAGCGCUUCACCAGGGUGGAGAUGGCCAGAGUCCUGAUGGAGAGGAACCAGUACAAGGAGAGGCUGAUGGAGCUGCAGGAGGCCGUCAGAUGGACUGAGAUGAUCCGGGCUUCAAAAGAGAAUCCAGCUCUUCCAGAGAAGAAGAAAUCCAGCCUCUGGCAGUUUUUCAGCCGUUUGUUCAGCUCGUCGGGCGGAGCGGCCAAGAAGCCGGCGGUGGAGGCCCCGGUGAACGUCAAGUACAACGCGCCCACCUCUCAGAUUCAGCCGUCCGUGAAGAAGAGGAGCAGCACCCUGCAGCAGCUGCCCAGCGACAAGAGCAAGGCCUUCGAUUUUCUCAAUGAGGAAGUGGCAGCUGAUAACCCGGUGUCCAGGAGAGAACAGAAGAGGGCGCAGUACCAGCAGGUCAAAGCCCACGUCCAGAAGGAGGACGGACGAAUUCAGGCUUACGGCUGGAGCCUGCCCAAGAAGUUCAAAGCUAACGGAGGACAGGCGGAAAGCAAGAUGAAGAAUCUACCUGUUCCGGUUUUCCUCAGACCACUGGAUGAGAAAGAUGCUUCUAUGAAGCUGUGGUGCGCCGCCGGUGUGAAUCUCUCUGGAGGUAAAACCAGAGACGGAGGUUCGAUCGUAGGCGCCAGCGUCUUCUACAGCGAUGUGCCUGGACCAGAGAGUCCUAAAAGGAAGAUAGGGUCUCAGAGCAGCCUGGAGAAACUGGAUCAAGAACUCAAGGAUCAGCAGAAGGAGUUACGGCAGCAAGAGGAGUUAUCGUCUCUGGUCUGGAUCUGCACCAGCACCCAGUCCACCACUAAAGUUGUUGUCAUUGACGCCAACCAGCCUGGAAACAUCCUGGAAAGCUUCUUUGUUUGUAACUCCCAUGUCCUCUGCAUCGCCAGUGUACCAGGUGCGAGAGAGACGGACUACCCGGCCGGUGAAGAAGUACCUCCGAACUCCGAGGCAGGACCGGUGGGAGAUGGCAGCUCGUCAGCCACCAACAGCAGCUCGGCAGGCGGCGACGGCGUGCUCGGAGGUAUCACCGUCGUGGGCUGUGCGGCUGAAGGAACAGCGGCUGUUCCCCAGACAGCAGACAGUCCAGGGGAUACUGAGUCCAGACCGGCAGAGGAAGCCACCGAGGCGACUGAGGCCAGCGCGGGAAUCACGGACCACAGAGAAACCCUGAGGGGCGUCUACACCGAGCACGUCUUCACCGACCCGCUGGGAGCUCAGCAGACGGCCGAGACUCCGGCCAACUACUCCCAGAGGGAGAGCGACCUGUUGAAAGAUGGCGUCAGUUCAAACCCCGCAGCCGAGGAGCAGGACCUGAUGAGGGAGGAGGCUCAGAAGAUGAGCAGCGUCCUGCCCACCAUGUGGCUCGGGGCGCAGAACGGAUGUGUGUACGUACACUCCUCUGUGGCUCAGUGGAAGAGGUGUCUACACUCUAUAAAGCUGAAGGACUCUGUGCUGGGCAUAGUACAUGUGAAAGGCCGAGUGCUGGUCGGACUCUCUGACGGCACUUUGGCCAUAUUCCACCGAGGAGUAGAUGGACAGUGGGACCUGACGAACUACCACCUGUUAGACCUGGGGAGACCACACCACUCCAUCCGCUGCAUGACCGUCGUACACGACAAGGUGUGGUGCGGCUACAGGAACAAGAUCUAUGUGGUGCAGCCCAAAGCCAUGAAGAUAGAGAAGUCGUUUGACGCCCACCCUCGUAAAGACAGCCAGGUCCGUCAGCUGGCCUGGGACGGUGACGGUAUCUGGGUGUCCAUCCGGCUGGACUCCACCCUCAGGUUGUUCCACGCUCACACCUUCCAGCACCUCCAGGACGUCGACAUCGAGCCCUACGUCAGCAAGAUGCUGGGUACGGGGAAACUAGGCUUCUCGUUUGUGCGGAUCACGGCUCUCACGGUGUCGUGUAAUCGUCUGUGGAUCGGCACCGGAAACGGAGUCAUCAUCUCCAUCCCUCUAACAGAGACAGCCAACAAGGUAACCAAGGCAACAGGUAACCAACCAGGAAGUGUCGUCCGCGUCUACGGCGACGACAGCGGAGACAAAGUGACGGCGGGGACGUUCGUGCCGUACUGCUCCAUGGCUCACGCUCAGCUCUGUUUCCAUGGUCACCGGGACGCUGUCAAGUUCUUCACCGCUGUCCCAGGUCACGCAGUUCCAUCUGCGUCCUGCGGGGGAGAGGCAGCAGGUGACAAGGCGACAGAUGCCUCAACUCAGGAAGGAACCAAGUCUAUGUUGGUGAUGAGCGGAGGAGAAGGUUACAUAGACUUCAGAAUGGGUGAUGAGGACGGCGAGGCGGAGGAAGGAGAGGACGCUCCCAUGAAACUUCAGCCCUUCCUGGCUAAAGCUGAGCGCAGCCACCUCAUCGUCUGGCAGGUCCUGGUCAACGAGGACUGAGCUCCUGACCUCUGACCUCUGACCCGCCCCAUCUGAGGCCUGAUUUGCCUUUUCUCUCAAACCCGCCGCCACAGAGGAGGAGGAGGAGGAGGACGACGACUCCUCUGCAGGCACGAGUUUAAUCAGCACUUUUUUUUUUCCUCCUCAAACCUGAACGAAAGCGUAAAACAAGCAAAAACUGCUCCAGCUUUUUUUUUUCCGUCAGUGGUAAACUGGAGCUGUACAAACAGAUCCACACAAACUGCAUGUUAUUGUUUUAUUAUCACUUGUUUCCUCUCUUUUUUUAAUUAUGAAUUUGAAUAUCAAUCUGUUCUCUUUUAAUUUUAUUAUCCACCCAGUUUUCUCCCAGUCAGUCCAGUUACUACACUGACGCUGGAAACAGAAAAUAAUCACCCUUUGUUUGUUCCCUUUGUUGCCCUCUGAUGAUGUAAAACUGGGGGCAGUCGUGUGGGAGCCAAUCGUGUGGGAUUGUCGGUGAAUCCCCGUGUCCCGCGUUCGUUCUUUGUUUUUCAUCCUUUGAGAACUUGGCUUUUGAUUGUAUGCAAGACAAGAAAUUUAAUCAAUCGCCUGUUGUCAGGUCAGGACGUCACAUUUCAUCUGGUUAGUAUCUGUGUCUGAGCAGAGGAUGGACCUGUAUUUAUCUAUAUAUUCAAGAUAUAACAGCGGUAGCCCCAGUUACUGCCUCUCAUGGAUUAACAUUCACAUCACAGAGCUGAUAAUAAACAUAAAAAACACUGCAGUCUUUGAAAAACUUAAAAAGAUGUUAAACAUCUUUCCAGAAUCCUCAAACUCUCCUCUAAUCAUCUGGAGGAAUAAAUACUCAAAAUAAAUUACAUCAAUACGUGUUUAAACAGCAGCUAGCUAGCUGCUAAUUCAGAUAUAAGCUAGCUAACACCAUGUUUAUAUGUUUAUUUUUUUAUUUUGUUGUUCAAUGGAAAAAAUUGACUAAAGUUUUACUCACAAAUCUGUUAAAAUUUUUAAAAUUCUAAAAUUUGCUUGUGACAAAACAAAAUGUUUAUAUUUAUGUUUGUAUUCGAUACAAUUUGUAUAAAUUUCCCCAAAUUCCUAAUUCAAUAUUUCCAAAAUGCCCCAUGGAAACUUUCAGGAAAGUUUCUGAAAUUUUCUGCCCCUGUGGAACCCUAGCGCUAAUUAGCAAAUGUUAGCAUGCUAACACCUGAAAAGAAGCUGGUGAACAUUGUAAACAUACCUGCUACACAUAAACAUGCUAGCAUUGUCGUAGUACGCUAACAUUAGCAUGCAGACCGUUGACUGUGAUGGUGAAUACAUGAGAAGCACAAACUGGGGCUACGGUACAGGAAGCAGUUACCUUUUUAACUCCAUGAAAUCCACUGAUAAAACUGCUGCUGUCAGUCCUCCCUUCAUGUAACUUUAUAGACGUGUAUUUAAUCCAGUAGAUUCAGGCCUCUGCUCUCCGUCUACCCACCAGCUCCAGCUCGUAGACACUUUAAAAUCUGCCUUAGGUAUCAACGGUUUGAAAGGACUGAGUUACAGGCUUUUUCAGGUGUGACAGAGUAUUUAUUUUUUCUUGAACGAAUGUUACGUUUACUACCAAAGGUUAAAAAGAAUUAAAGGUGGAUAGUUUGCUGAAACAAUAACAGCGUGUCCUCUAACGCAGCAUCGUCUGUCUCUGUGUAGAUAACACGCACGUUUUUUUGUAACAGAAAUCCUGGUGUAUAGAUGAGAUAUAUUUUUAGACUUUCAUAUUUGGAAAUUGAAAUAUUUUCAGAGUGUGAGAGAACAGAAUGUGUUGGACUGUGUUACUAUGAGAGGAUAAAACAAGCUGAGGAUUACACAACCCCACCACCACCCUCGCUCUAAUCCUUGACAUUUACAGGUCAAAUAUCAAACAUUGUUUUUGGUUUUGCAGCGAAAUUCUCAGUGAUAUCUUCUCCUGACGGCAAACUGAUUACUUCCUAAAAUGUUUUACGUCUAUUUUUUAUUUUUAUGUUCUUUUUUUAGGCUGUCCUCUCCGAGAGAACAGUGCACAAGAUGUUCAUUUAGGUGUAAUUUGAGACUGUGUUUCUGGCCUCUGUACCAGUACACUGCACUGGUAUGUUCUUUGUUUUGUCCUCUUUGUAUUGAACAGUUUCAGACGAGUGUGUGUGAGUGUGUGUGAGUGUGUGUGUUUUCUCUCCAGGAGAGGAGGGAAAUAUUAUUGCAGUUUAGCCAUUUCAGUAUUUAUUUACAAUGAUUGAGCCUUUGCAAUUCAGAAUGUAUCUUUGUACAUUGAAUAUGAUUAUAUAUAUAUAUGAUUAUAUAUGUAUGAACCAUGAAAAUGACUUGGGUUUAUUGUUUUGACAACAGUUGUUGCUGUUGGGAUGGUGAAUUUGUUUUGUGGGGGAAACUUACUCAGCUAUGCAUUAUGUCUCUGAGGAGAGAGGGGUCGAGCUUCAGGCCUGUGGUUUUUGUUUUUUAAAGUAGAGAUCCUGCAGCUUGUCCACAGACACUGACACAAUCAGUUUCCAUCUCCAGUGCAGGACAAAAAGUCAAACUGAACUCCAGUCUGGGUAACUUCAUCCCAUCGCAGGUCCGUGUCGUCCCCCUCUCAUCUGCAUACGCUCGUCAUUAACUUGGCAGGAACUCCCUCUGUUCCAAGUUAUAGCAGUACACAUGCCAUCUUGUACUUCUACAGCAUCUCUAGCCUUACUUAUUUUUAACAUUCAAUUAAAGCAACUUUUGUGGGCA